CUUACAAGCAAUUUUGUCAUCAAUCAUAAUAUUUUUUAUGGUUGCAGCGGCCUACGAGCAACAUGCUGAGAGCAAGCCACAUGCUAAAAAUGAACGUGCCCAUGCGCACGCGAAACAUAAGCUUGAACACAAAAAUCCUCAUAGGAAUCUUCAUCCCGCGCAUCAGGCAGAAGAUUCUGGACCAUGGAAGGAUGCUCAUGCAACCUUCUAUGGCCCACCUGAGGGCACUCUAGGCGGAGCAUGCGGGUAUGAGGAUUGUGACAAGAAAACAUACGGUCCACACACUACAGCGUUGAGCGAAGCAUUGUUCAAGGGUGGGAAGACAUGCGGAGCUUGCUACGAGAUCAAAUGUGGUGAAGGGAAACAAAGCGAAUGGUGCAAACCAGGUCAGCCAACGGUGCAUGUGACAGCCACCGACCUUUGCCCUGGCGGGGGCGAGGGUUGGUGCAAUACUCCUAAGGAGCACUUUGAUAUGUCCCAACCCGCAUUUCUCAAGAUCGCCGAGUAUAAGGGUGGUAUCGUCCCCGUCAAAUAUCGCAGAGUUACAUGCAAGAGAGAGGGCGGAAUUCGAUUCAAAAUAACCGGGCAUCAAUAUUUCAACAUGGUCGGAAUAACAAACGUAGGUGGCGCUGGUGAUAUAAUAAAGGUAGAGGUGAAAGUGGGAAUGCAAUGGACGGCAUUGAAACACAACUAUGGAGACAGAUGGGAUACCAAUGCGGCCCUUGUUGGAAAGAAGCUAACCUUUAGAAUCACAUUGAGCGACGGCAAAACUAUCGUCACAGAGCAAGCUGCCCCACAGGACUGGCAAUUUGGCCAGACGUUUCAAGACAAUCGCCUCGCCACAUGAACACCUUCUUUAUGUAUACGUACAAAAUAUGAAACCAAUCUUUGUUGAUUUAUUAUUCUAAUGAUUAUCUUAUUUUAUUUUGAGUAAGUUAGGAUUUGAUUUCCUAUUUCAUUUGUUUAGAUUUAAGAUUUAUUUAAGCAGUGAUUAUUUUAUUUGUUUUAGAAUUGUAUUGAAAUAGAACUCUUAUAUAUUCAUCUAUAUAUUGUGGGAC